UAGUCACUCUGCAAAAAUACUGGAGAGGGGCCCUGGCUAGGAAGAUCCAUCAAGAAGUACUACAAAAUAAACUCAAAUCCAAAGCUGUAGUCACUUUGCAGAGAUGUUGGAGGGGAGUUCUUGAUCGCCGUAUGGUAGCUAAAAUACAUGUUGAAAGAUUGGAACAGAAAAAACAGAUCGCAACUAUUAAAUUACAGUCCUGUAUUAGAGGCUUCCUAGCUAGAAGAAAGUACUUACAGGUAAAGCAAGCAGUUGUGAGUGUACAGUCCAAUGUACGCUGCUACCAGGCUAGGAGACGUUACCUUCAACAGAGAGCAGCCCUUAUCACUAUACAGAGAGCAUUGAGGGCAAUGUUGGAAAGGAGGAUAGCUGUGAAAGUUGCCGCCAGUCGACACAAUGCAGCCGUUUGUAUUCAAAAUGCACUCAGAAAACACCAGGCGAAGAAAUUACAAGCCAGGAAUAUGGCUGCAUCAAAGAUCCAAGCCAGUUGGCGAUGUCACACAUCACGUCACCUUUAUCUCAGCCAGCGUGUUGCAUCUAUCACCAUUCAGGCACACUUCAGAGGUGCCCAGCAACAGAUGGUGUUUAAAAAGAUGAAGUCAAGCACCAUGGUGAUACAAAAGUGGUAUAAGGGGGUAUGUCAGACAAGGCAACAGCGCAUUGUAUUCCUUAACCAGAAGCAAAGCUGUGUUACAAUUCAGAAAUACUUCAGAGGUUUUCUUGUGAGGAGUGAUUUAAGGAAGCAGCACAAAGCAGCUGUGGCUAUACAGAGUCAGUUAAGGGGAUAUAUUCAGCGUAAUAAAUACACCAAAAUGAGGAAAGCAGCCAUGUUGAUUCAAUCUCACAUAAGGGCAUUUAUCAAUGGACAAAUCUCGAGGAGGGAAGCUUUAAGGCGUAAAGCUGCCAUCUUGAUUCUACAACAUCAUUUCAUUGAAUGGCGUAAACAGGUGUCUUAUAAGGAGCAUGCUGCAGCCAGGUGUAUACAAACAGCAUACAGGAGGUACAGAUCCAGAAUGCAAUACCUACAUGUUAGAAAUGCUUCCUUUGUUAUCCAAUCAUAUGUCAGAAUGAGCCAAGCGAAACGUUUAUUUACAGCACAGAGAGCAGCCAUUAGUGUGUUACAGAAAUACACAAGAGCUUGGUUAUCUGGGAAACAAGCAAGAGUUGAUUUCCAAACAAAGCGUGUUGCUGCUACGACAAUACAGUCUGCUUUCAGGGCAUAUAUUUGCCGUAAGCGAGCACAAGAGUCCAGAGCUGCAACUUUGAUACAAGCCUCAUUCAGAUCAUUCCAAGCUAGACAACAAUUUAUUCAACAGAAAGAGGCAGUAGUUAUCCUCCAGGCUAAUGUUAGGGCAUACCUCACAAGACAACAUUUCCUUAGAGUUAAGGCAGCUGCCAUUGUGAUCCAGACACACUACAGGGCAUGUGUCCUACAAAGACAAUUCACGAUAGAGUAUCAGGCGAUGCGCCAAGCUGCUGUGAGCAUCCAGUCUGCAUUUAGAGGAUUUGCCACAUAUAGGAGGUUCAACACUAUGAAAUUAGGAUUCACCAAGCUCCAGGCUGUACAUCGAUGUAACAUUCAGGUUGCCAGGUACCAGCAACAGAGACAGGCUGCCAUUGUCAUACAGAGAAGUUUCAGGAUGUAUAUAGUUGCUAGGAAACAGCAAGAGGAGAUGCUGAGACUUGAUGCAGCUGCAACUACCAUCCAAACACAAUGGAGGAUGCACUGUGCACAUGCUAGGUACAACAUACUGAGGAAGGGAGUCAUAUGCCUCCAAGCCAUACACAGAAGAAAUCUAGCCAGAACUGAAUAUAUCAUUAAACAAAAGGCUGCAAUAGUCAUUCAACAGCACUUAAGAGGAUACCUGAAAACCAAAGCUGCUAUGACAGAAUACAAACAGUCCAGAAGUGCUGCAGUUUGCAUUCAGAGUGCUGUCAGAAUGUAUGCUGAAAGGAAGAGGUAUCAAACAUUGAGAUCUGGAGUGAUCAACUUACAAGCCAUCCACAGAAGGAACAUUGCACAGACAGAGUAUGCUGACCAGAAGAGAGCAGCCUGUGUAAUCCAGCAGGGAUACAGAUCUUAUAUUGCCAUGACAAAUGCAUCUAAGGAGUACAAGAUGAAGAGAGAUGCUAUCAUUAAGAUCCAAUCCAUGUGGAGAGGAAAUGUAGAGAGGAGAGCAUACUUAAGAUUACGACAAGCUGUGAUAACACUCCAGUCACUGCACAGACGUAAUCAAGCCCAAAUGGAGUUCCAAGAUACAAAGAGAGCCGCAGUGCUUAUUCAGAGGUUCUACAGAGGUUACAAACUGAAGCAGCUCAACCAGGCAGAUUUCAAUCUCAAGAAGAAUGCUGUGUCUGCCAUUGCUGCUGCAUGGAGAAUGUACAAAGUGACAUGCCAGUAUAGAAGGCAACAGCAAGCCAUUCUCACUCUCCAGGCAUAUACAAGAGGUGCCCUUGUAAGGCAACAUGUCAGAAAGAUGCACCAAGCUGCCAAAAUAAUCCAAAUGAGAUACAAGGCGCACCAAGUGGGGACCCAGCAAUAUAGACAAUACCAUAUUACCAGGGGAGCCACAAUAACUUUACAAUGUGCUUUCAGAACCAUGAUCUACAGAAGAAAAUACAAGAAAACCCGGGAAGCUAUUGUGAAAAUUCAGUCUUACAUCAGAUGUCAUUUUGCAAGAAAACACUACCUGAAACUUAAAUCAACUUGUGUCACACUACAAAGAUGUGUACGGGCCAAUCAGAAGGCUAAACGAGACCAGGAAUCCUAUCACAUGACAAGAGGUGCCGCUAUUAUAAUUCAGUCCCUUUUUAGAAGACGUAAGGCAAUGAUGGCUUUUGAUAAGACUAUUCAAAGCAUUGUGAUGAUUCAACGCACAUACAGAGCAUAUGCAUGCAGAAAAGAGUUUCUCCAGAAAAGAAAUGCAGCAAUCACCCUGCAGAGAUACAUUAGGAGUUACCAGUUAACUCAAAGACUGCACAUGGAGUAUAUGAUCCUCAGAGGAGCUACAAUUACACUACAAGCAGGACUGAAGGGUAUGCUAGCACGUAGAUGGUACACAACCAUGAGACAAUCUGCUGUCAUCAUCCAAUCUAAGUACAGAGGUUAUGUAGCAAGAAAAACCUUCUUACAACAGAGAUCUGCAGCAGUCAGCAUCCAAACUCACCUCAGGGCAACAAAAGCUAGAAACCAACAGGUGGUAGCUUACAAAACACAACGUAAUGCCAUAAUCACCUUACAGGCUAACAUCAGGGGUUAUCUAUCCAGAAAACAACUUCAGGCUCAACAUGUAGCUGCUGAAUUGAUCCAGAGGCGGUAUAGAACUCACAUGUGCCAGAAGGAGUAUAUGGCAAAAAGAAGAGCUGUCUGUACACUACAGAGGUACAUUAGGGGAUAUCUCAAAACUAAAACAUGUCAGCAGGAGUUUAGCCAUAUGAAACACAGUGCUAUUGUGAUACAGUCCCUCUUCAGAGGCUAUUUAGUCAGAAAACAGCUGCAGGUUAGAGCAGCUGAGCUGCAGCUUAGAAACACUGCAGCUGUAGCAAUACAGGCUGCCUAUAGAGGAUACACAGCUAGAAUGAAUUAUGUACGACAGUGUGAGGCCACAAAGAUCAUCCAAAUGUACUGGAGGGCUACAUUAGAGGCACGCGAGGUCCAGAGGCAGUAUAACAUUAUCCAAGGGGCCACUAUUACCAUACAGGCAUUCUGCAAGGGUUAUUUAGAGAGGAGACAAUACCAGACUAUGAAGCAAGGGAUUUGUAGACUUCAAGCUACAGUGAGGUGCAGACUGCAGUGUCAGAGAUAUCAAACACUGAAACAUGCAGCUAGGGUCAUUCAGUGCAGAUACAGGGCACAGAAACAAUGUUGUGAUGUACAGUUGGAGUAUAAACAAAAGUGUACAGCCGCAUUAACCAUACAAAGAUACUACAGAGUGUACAAAGUGAGACAGUCAGAACGACAAACAAAGGCAGCAGUCUUGAUCCAGGCUACAUACAGAAUGUACCAACAACGAACAACCUACCUCCAUACACUGAAGAACAUCGCAACCAUCCAGGCUCUGGUAAGAGGCAGACUUGCAAGGAGGCACUACCAGGCAAUGAGGACCAAAGUCAUCUGUCUACAGAGACGUGCAAGGGCUUAUAUCGAAGGGAAGCAAGCUAGACUCGACUACCAUAUAACACGUGGUGCAGUGAUCACUAUUCAGGCAUGGGCCAGGGGAUGGUUCGACAGGUGCUAUGUCAACCAGCUACUGGAGGAACAAAGAGAGAAGGAAAGACAAGAAAAAAGAAAAGAAUUCCUACAUCAUUUCUCAACUGUAGCAAAGCGCCAUCUAUCAGUUAUGAUCAUACAGGGCUGCUACCGGCGCCAUCUGGCACUGAAGGCAGCCAAGCAGCAGCUGCAUUCUAUCAUUCUUAUACAGCGAUGGUUACGUGCCAAGCUGGAAAGAGUCCACUACUUGAAGCUGGUCCGUGGGGUUCGUCAGCUGCAGGUUGUAGUACGGGCUAGGCUGUCACAUAGAAAUGCUGCAGCUAUCACCCUCCAAGCUGCAGCUAGAGUCUGGCUAGCAAAGAGACAAGUCUCACGCAUGCAUAAAGCAGCUACUAAAAUCCAGUGCAUAUGGAGGGGUAGAAAACUGCGUAAUGAGCAGAAGAACAAGAAGAUUACAGUGGCCAGGAAGAGGAUAGAGGAGGCCACGAGGAAUGCCACUGAGGAGAAGAAACUUGUUAACAGGACAUCCUCAGCCCUGGAUUACCUACUCCAAUAUAAACAACUGUCUUAUAUACUUGAGGCUGUCAUGCACUUGGAUGUUGCCACAAAGCUUUCUUCAAGAUGCUGCGAGCGUAUGGUUGAGGGCAAUGCAGUGUGUGUGCUAUACACUCUCAUAAAGAGCUGCAACAGAAGUCUUCCACAUAUGGAAAUUAUCAAGUUCUGUGUCAGCAUUCUGCUCAAUCUGGCCAAGUAUGACAAGACUGUAGAUGCUGUGCUAGAAGUGGAAGAUUCCAUUUCUGUGCUGCUGGAACUCAUGCAGAUCUACCGUGAGAAGGGUGUCAUCUUUAAUAACUGCUGUUUGAUCCUCACUAUCCUUGGCUCAGAUAAACUCAGGAAGGAGCAAAUCUGCAAAGUGCCCCACUGCGUUGAGAAACUUCAGAGUUUCUACGUUCUCACAGCCCGGAAACACAAAAUCUCGUCACGUCUCCAGACAACCAAAGUGAGGCAACUUUCCGGCAAAAUGGGACAAGUCAUGCCUGUGAAAAAAUGGAUCAAAAUUCACCCAGAUUGGGCGAUGAAACGUAACAAUGUUGAUGUUUGUCAGGAUGCGCUUCAGGGGAUUACCAUGGCAAUGAAUGCACUAGAUAUACAGCCAAAAUAAACAAAUAACAUGGCAACAGCCAAUUAAGUGAACAAAAUAUUGAAAUUGUGUCAAUUAUAGAUAUUCCACUCUAAAUGGGAUUCCCUUGACUAUGACCUCAUUUGAUAACAUUCGAAGUGAAUAAUAGGGAUAUUAGAUCAAUUAUUGAUAGAGUAGUUCUGUCAUUCAGGGAAUUCCCAGGACUCUGAAGUAGAACACAUUUCUAGGUAUACGCCAAAGUGAAUUUAUGUGAGAUUGUGAAUAAAAUGGACAUAUUCAGACAUUGACUGGAUCUAAUGUGAUCUAUCAUGCAUCACACAUAAUCUUUAAUCCAUGAUUUGUGUGAUCAGCAUGUGAAGUGGUGUAGUCCA